AUGGAGACCAGUGAGGCCAUCAUGAAGGCGCUCACCAUGGCGGUCUCAGGAGAAAAGAAACCUAUGCCGUCGUGGUCUGGAAAUGUCUCGACCCUUAGGGCUUGGCUGCGUCAGCUGUCUUUCUGGGAAAUAGACAACCAUAUACCGAAGCAGCGGUGGGGCAUAAAACUGUUCCAGGCUUUGAGCGAGGGAAGUGUGCCCCGCAGGAUCGCCGAGGGGAUUGCCAUGGAGGUGAUCCUUUCGGAGAGAGGUUACGGGGCCAUCUUGUCGGCUGUCCUGGAGAAGUUCAAGCCCUACCUCGACGCGGCGGGCCCAGCUGCCAUAGAUCUCUUUUUCUAUUCCGGGGAUCGUCAGCGAAACGAGUCGUUCUCCAACUACAUAGCAGCCAAAGAAUUGGCCAAGCAAGAGAUUGAAAACCUUACGGGCGAGAUCCUGCCGCCCAAACUUGCUGGAAGAGUUCUCUUAAAACAAGCCAACUUGUCUGAACAGCAAAGAGAGACGACGGCCAUUCGCUACAACGCCUUGCUGUCCUUCGAAGAGGUGGCAGCAGCUCUCCGCCCCCUCGAUCGUCCAGAUGCUCUUUUGAAACCUAUGUCCUCUACCACUAUGGCUACGGUUUCCUUAGGAGGAAGUACUUACUGGCAGUCAGAAGAGCCUCCUCAGGAGUCUCCCAUGGUUGAAGUGCCGGAGGAGACGCAGGACUAUGAGGACUGGCUUCAUCCGGGCGAUGAGGAGGAAGGUCUCUACGACGAGCACGGGGAGCCCAUGCUGUUCUUCGAGGCGGACCGCGAGUACGACGAGGACGAGGCCAUGUACAUUUGGGCAUACAAUGACGCCUACCACCAGCUUCUAACUGACUGGAGUGCCGAGCCGAGCCAUGCCUUUCCAGCCUAUCAAGAUGUUCGCCGAGAGCUGCAAGCCAGGAGAAAAGGCAGACAGUUCUACCGGUCUGACUCAAAGGGAAAAGGCAAAGGCAAGGGGAAAGGAUCCAGCCCGGCAGGAUCCAAAUCAAAAGGGAAAGGUCGCGGAGGUCAGCGCCCCCGAAAGGGCUUUUCCAAGGGCUCGGCAGACGACCUGCUGUCCAGAACGAGGUGUUUCUCUUGUGGAGAACUCGGCCACUUCAGCCGGGAUUGCCCGAACCCCGCCGCGACUACCUCGGCUUCGACGGCUACACCAGGCAGGACUUCCUUUGUGGUCAGUCAGGGGCCCACAGGUGGCCUCAACAGGGCUUUCAUGAUGUCGGGCCCCCGUCGUACGGUGGCCAUCUACGCCGGGGUGAGGACUGCCGGGGGAGAAGGCCUGGUGGACAGCGCUGCCGAGGACGCGGUGAUUGGCAGUGGGGCCUUCCAACGACUGCGGGCUGCUCUGGCCCAACAAGGCCUACAACCUCAGCCAGUGCGAGGCCCCUCUGGAUCUUGUGCCGGCAUUGGCGGCUCAGCUCGAGUAACCAACAUGUGGGAUGUGCCGGUCGGGAUCGCUAAGAACAACGGUCUCUUGCGCAUCACGGAGGUUGAAGACUGUGACGGUUUCGAGACCCCCUUUCUGAUCCCAGUGUCCUUUCAGGAGUUGGUCGGCAUGGUGAUCGACUACGACCGGGCCGAGGUCAGGACUCGUCAAGGGAACUCCACGCCGAUGCAUCGGCUGCCGUCCGGACAUCGUUCAGUUUCCGUUGUGGAGUUCGAUGGCAAGUGGUCUUUGCCCAAGGAGCUUAUGAUGCAAGGCCGAGACCCCUUUCAGCUGCCCAAGCCCUUGAAAGCUCAAGCCAGGAACGCCCCGCUUGGUCAGCAGAAGGGAGUUGCCGUUUGGUUGCGAUACUCGGAUGGUUCCUUCGAGCAGUGCGCCUGGUUGGAUGGCCCUCGAAAAAGUCUCGUCGUUCCGUCCGAGUGCUUGCCCACUGAGUUAGCAGUUCAGCUGGACUCUAGUCGGGUGACUUAUCUGGAUGCGGCCCCUGAUGUGGAUCCCUACAUUAUCAAUGAUGUUUGGUGCCACUCCCUAGGUCCGCGAGAGCUUGAGUCCCCAUGGACAGGUUCAGUGAUUUUUCAGCAGGUUAACAACAACCUCGAUGCAGCUACUCUGUCUUCUACUGCCUCGUCCACUCCGAAUUCUUCGGCCUCUGCUCUCCCUUUGCGCCAGGCAUCCACGUUGGCGCCGGGAGCUUUGUCGACACAGGUGCGCCCUGCGGUCUUUGACAUGUCUGACGCUGCGGAUGUUGUCGCCCCUGUGUCCAGUGCCGAGCAUGACUUCGAGGGCGUUUUUCUUUCUCCUUCAGGCCCCUCUCCGAGUGUUUCUUCGACCAUGCAGCAGCGCAUUCGGUCGCUUGUUCACGGAGAAGAAGAGGGAGCUCAGCCAAAAGCCGCAGCGAGGCGUCGCGGGUCAACAUGGUGCGAGAGGGCGUGGGCACGGGUGACGAUCAUCCUGGUCCGCAUGAUCCACACGGUGCGCCAGCAACUGGUGGUGGACGCUUUGAUCUUGGACGCCUACGGACCUUCAGCCACGGCUUCUUCUUCUACGAUGGCACCCCAGCCCAAGGCGAAGGAAUCCAAGAAGAAGCAGGCCGUGGUGAGACAGGGGUUGGGCGCUCAACUCACCCGAAGCCAAGCUCAGACAAAGUGGACCCUGGAACCAGAACAAUGUCGCGAGCAGGACCUCCGGAUGAGGGGGAACCAAGCCCGCCACUGGUGGGCGUGCCUCAAGUGUGGCAGCCGCUGGGAGCGCCUGGAAACGGACACGGUGAUCAAUCCGAGCGGCCCUCCCAAGCCUACACGACCAGUGUUCCGGUCCACGAACCCGCCGAGCAUGCUGCCGCCGCCGAAGUCGCACCCGAGCCUGGGAAGCCUGUCGUUGUCUCAAGCUCGAAAGCCCCCGACAAGAUCGGCGGUCCCGGAGAACCCGUCGACAACGCGGCCCGAGAAGCCAACGCCACCGAUGAAACAGGUCGGUGCCUACAAGGACUUGCUGAAGAAUGCCAUCGCCCGGGAGUAUGUCGAGGACAUGUUCCAGGAGGAGCCCCAGUACCAGUUCGAGCCGGAGGAUCGAAGCUCGGGAAGCAUGUUAGCUUCGGAUCAGCACCUGGCCCUGGCAGUGUCAGAGGGAAGGACUCGGACUCUGGACCGAGUCAGUGUGCAGUCGCUGCGGCCGCCAACGGAAUGGGCCGACUACGAGAAGACGCAAGGGCCCAUGCCAACGGCAAGCCGUCGAUCGCGAAGCCUACCAGCGGGAGUUCAUCCAGUUCAAGAUUUCAGCCGCCGCCGCCAGGUCCAAGUGACUCCUCGCGGCCCGGAAGUGUUCGCGAUCCACGAGAACAACAGCGACGAGGACAAGGACAAGGCCAGCCACCCGCCGAACCACGUCAACACCACGACGGAGCUACCGCACAGAUAUGGGCUAGCCUGUGGCCUCGCUGCUGGCACCGUACAAGGAGGUGGUAGUCAAGAGUCCUACAAUUUUGUUCUUUUUCAGAUGCCGGACGAGUCCUUUGAGUACGAGGUCGUUUCGACACCCAUCGUGCAGGGAGACAACCACUUGGCCGAGUUGGUGGAUGGGGAUCUAAAACAUCAGGGUCCUUUCGGCACUCGUGCUUUGAGCUUCUUGUGCGCUUGGUCGUUCUACUUCGGCACCGAGAAGACUCGCGUACUGAACACAGUGGCCGCAAGUAGACCUGCCUUUAUUACGGGCUGGAUUGAGAGCGGCAGCCGUGAGUCGUUACUACAAGCUGCCAGGUUCCAAGACAGCCAAGGCGCUCUCUUUGGCCUUCUUUGUGAUCGCCGAGCGGCCCCGGGCCUUCUGCGUCAGCUCCCUAGAUCCACAGCCGUGAUACUCUCGGACAGCAAACACCAGAUUGCUCUGAUCGUCAAUGAUAAGACUCUGGUUCGCAUCCUGGAGAGUUUGGACUGGGCCAAGCAGCCGUGGCCAGACAGGCGGGACAUCGAAAGCCUACAACUUUCAGUGGUGGCCUUUCUUCAGCUACUUUGCCACCCUCACAGCCUGGAUGGUUGCCCGCAACCUAACCUUGAGCUGGUCCGCAAGAUGGUGACCCAGAUCAGAAGCUCGUUCGAAGGCCUGCUCUGUGCCUCGCGCAACUUUCUGGCCUCUCAGCCGGUGCCUGCGUCCGGAGAGUGGGUUCGUCGAGCCAACGAGGCCACCGAGAUCCCGAACUUUUACUUCGGCGUCGACAUCAUCGCCUACAAGCACGAUGAUGAGAGCCAGGGCAGGGAACCAGGAGACCAUGAUCCCGAGGCGGACGAGGCCGUGGAAGAAGUACGCCAGAGCCUGAGACCGGUCACUGAAAACAACAAGGUCCACAGGAACCUCAACCACCCAGCGAAGGAUGUAUUCCUCCGGGCCCUUCGUCACUCUGGAGUCAAAGAUGACAUACUGCAGUGGGUGAAAGAGUAUUUCUCAUGUCCUCUUUGCGAAGCAGCUCGAAAACCUCUACCAGCCAGACCAGCUCACUUGGCCAAGACCCUCACCUUCAAUGCCGUGGUGGCCGUCGACCUCUUCUACCUCAACCUUUUCGGUGCGGAGAAGAUCUUCCUGGUCUGCGUCGACCAUGGGACUGGAUAUGUCCAAGUGGCGAGCUGCAAGGACUCGCGAGCAACUACUGUGCGCCAGGAGUUCUGUCGCGCGUGGUUACAGCCCUUCGGUGUUCCCGAACUGGUUCUAUGUGAUCAAGGCCCGGAAUUCACAGGCUCGCAAUUUCAAGAACAUCUUUCCCAGCUAGGUUCUGCCAUCCACUAUACGGACGGUGCAAGCCCGUGGCAGAACGGGAAGGCGGAAAGAACGGUUCAGACCCUCAAGAACAAAAUCCUUCUGACCAUAAAGGACAUCACGGCCCACGAGGAGGAGAUGGACGUGGUAAUUGCCCACGUGAUCUCCGCCUACAACUCCAUGUACGACAGACACGGCUUCACGCCGGACCAAAGAGUUUUUGGAAGGUCGGUAAGGCUCCCGGCUUCUAUGCUAGCCGACGACCGGCUCAACCAGGAGCUGCUGAUGGAAUCCGCGGGAGAUGCUGUCCAGCGGACUUGGGACAUUCGUGCAGCCGCCAGGCAGGCUUGGCUGAAAAAGGACGACGCCGCUGCGGUCCAAAAGGCGCGGCGGGCUCAGACCCGAGCCACCGACAUCCACUCCUACAGUCUGCAACCAGGACAAUGGGUGUACGUCUGGAGGAGGUCGGAGAAUCGCCACGGUUGGACGGGCCCAGGUUCGUUGAUUGCUCAGGUCCCCGGUGGAACCUCGUGGUGGAUCAACAUCCGUGGGAGAUUGUGGAAAGCUUCGGCUGAGCAGAUUCGCCCCGCUUCCGAUGAGGAGGACCUGGGCGCUUCACUUCUCCUCGAGCUUCACCGCGACCUGGCCAAGCAACUCAAGGACGGUCGCCAGGUCUCCUUCCAGGACAUCACUGACGAGGGAGGCCCCCAGGACUUUGACACCGGCGACUUGUCAGAGCUGUUGGACCCAGAGCCGUCAGCAGCACCGUCAGACGAGAUCAGCGACGAUCUUGAGGUCCCCGAGCCACCUACGCCUUCGCUCGGUGAGACCACCACCGUGCAUGAUGAGCUGAGUGCGGUUCCACAAUCCUCCGCACCAAUGGCCAGUCGGAGACAAAGCUUGUCAUCUAUGCCUCCCGAGGAAAUGAUGCUGGACCCCCAGGACCCGACCGAGAAAGUGUCCCAAAGCGAGACAACGAUGCCUGAAAGCUCGGAGCGUCGCACGAUUCGUGUGGAUGAGGGAUCCUCUGGAACGAUGAGUUUUGGUCCCAUGCCAGCCGCUCCGACCUCCGAGACACGUCCCCAACCUUACCUGUCGCAGUCUUUGCAGGUGGACCCUUCCAGCUACCUCAACGUCAUGGACUUUGAUGCAGCAGCGGAUGCGACCUCUACCACCUACUGGAGUGCAGGUGGCCCGAAAUGGUCUAGGCAGACUACGAGUGGCCGGACCAUUCUGAACGCCACCAAGCCCCUGACCUACUUCCAGGUCGACAUGGCCGAGGCGAGCUUCUGCACCAAGGACCGAUGCAUGUAUGUGGGGAAGGCCAAGUCAUCGUUUGGACAGGUGGAGUUCACUAAGCUGCAGGGCCCGGAGAAAGACUUGUUUCGCAAGGCGAGAGCCAAAGAGUUUCAGUCCCUUCUGGAUAACAAGGCGGUGAAGGUUCUCAGCCUGAAAGAGUCGGAGGAGUUCAGGCGCCUCCAUCCCGAGGCCAUCCUGCAGUCUCGUUUCGUUGAUCGGUAUAAGCCGGCGGGGAUCAAGCCCGAGGAGCUGGACCAAGCUCGCAGAGCUGCCAAAGAAAAGGGUGUACUGGCCCCUCUCGAAUUAUCCGAGGACCAUACCAGCCCGAAAAGUCGCUGGUGCGUCAUCGGCUGGCGUGAUCCCCAGAUUCACCAGAUCGAGCGGUCAGCUCCGACUCCGUCCUCUUCAAGCAUCAACGUCGUCCUCCAAAUGAUCGCCUCCCGUCGUUGGGCUGGUUAUCUUCGUGAUGUGAAAACUGCUUUCUUGCAAAGCAGGCCCACCGAUCGGCGAGUCCCGUUGGCAUGCUCCCAACCAUCGGAUGAAGGGUUGCCGGGUCUUCGGCCGGGGCAGUUACUACUACUGCUUACGGAAGUUUACGGCCUGGUGAGUGGCCCCGCCUGGUGGCGGACGAGCUUUCUCCAGAAGGUCUACCGACAUGGCUACCGUUUAACAGCGUACGAAUCAUGCAUUCUCACGCUGCCUGGGGAGAAACCAGGCGACCCCACCGAGGGAGUCAUCGUCAUUGAGGUCGACGACUUGAUUGAGGCCGGGUCUUCCAAACACCGAGCCAAGCUCACGGCACUGGAGGGGGAGAUCAAGUUCGGCAAGAUUGUCCACUUGUUGGAGGCCAGCGAGCAGGAGAGCACCUACGCCGGGCGGACUCUGCGUCAGCUCAAGGAUUUCUCCUUCGAGAUGCACAUGGAGGAGUACAUCUAUACAAGGCUGGCUCCCAUCACGUUGGCCAAGAGGACCCUCAAGAAGGACGCCGCUCAGGUUCUACUGGACCCCACGGAGACCACUCAACUUCGCGGCGGGGUGAUAGCUGCCUUGUCAUGGGUAUCCAGGGAAUGCCGGCCGGACGCGGCUGCAGCGGCCUCCAUCUUGGCUUCUUGUUUCCCGGAUCCUACCGUGGAGCAUGCCAUGCAGGCCAAUGAGGUCAUCCGCCAGCUGAAGCAGUAUCCUCUCCGUCUACGAGUCCACCACAUCGCGGAGAGCAAGGUGAGGAACAUCGUCAUCUCCGACUCCGCCUUCGACACCAGUGGAAAGGAGAAGAGCCAGCAUGGUUAUCUGGUUGGAUUCACCACGGACCAGAUGAACCUCGGACUCUUGGCUCCUGUGAGCCUCACCCGAUGGUGCUCCCGACGAUUGAGGCGAAAAGCUUCUUCAUCGAUGCUCUGUGAAGCUAUCGCUCUCUCUUCCGCGACGGCUUCCCUCGAGAAACAGGACGCGCUCUGGGAUGCAUUACGGAUCAGUUUCUACGAUCCGCGACAGCGACAGCGUACAGAAGCAGAAACACUGGAGCUGCAAGGAAAAUCCUCAGUCAUCGCCACCGAAGCUCCCCUGUACAGGGAUCCUCGAAGUCUCGCAGUCAUUGACGCCAAAUCCCUGUUCGAUACUUUGCUGAGUGACCAGCCGAGUGACUGCGAGAGGACAAACCUGGAGGUGGCUGUGAUCCAGGAAUCACUGCAGGUUUGUCGUGCUAGAGCUAGGUGGGUCCCUCAUAACAAGAAUCCAGCUGACGCCUUAACAAAAUUCCUCGGAGCACACGCCGAGCCUCUUAUAAAGAUGCUCAAGUCAGGCCAGUACCAGAUAGCGGAUGAAGACGAAGUCUUGAAAUCUGGUCGUCAAGGCCUUCAACGACUGAAGCAGGGCAUCAGCUCGUUGGGAAACUCUUCCUUUUUGGGGGCUGUGAAGCAGUUUAUGCUAAGUUGGAACUGA